GGCGUCACAGGGGAAUUAUGGUGCAGCGACGGACAGGUCGCAGCAGCAACAUCGUCAAGUGAUUCCAAGUGGCUGAUGAACCAGACAGGUCCUGUGAGAGUUUCGGCCAAUAGAGCCUUUGCCAAAAGGAAGUUUGCUUGCACGGAAACAUCAAGAAAUCCUGUUUGGCAUACUCUCCCUGGAAUUAAUAGAAGUGGAUGGCACCCCCUGUUUGUACAAAAUGGUCUUCCAAGAUGCCAUGGUUCCAUCGUUUUCCACAUUUUUCCAUGUGGGUUCCACGGAGUGUCGUCUUCCCCGGGAGGCCAAAGGUCAAAACAAGUUGCCAACCCUUCCCACGUCAGACCUCGCGGAGAAGGAGUACGAUCACGUGAGCUUCUUAAUGAGCAGUCAGCUAGGCGCGGCCCAUCCGAAGACCUUGGCCGCUCGUGUGUCGGAAACGUUGACCUUCUGUGACCAAGGGAAGCUCCCAAAGGCCAUGAAGCUUUGGCGACAGCGGGUGGAAACCACUGGAUAUGUCUACAGUGUUCCUUUGCUCUUAGACAUGGGCUUUCACUUAGCGCACUACUCUGGCUUUGCUGGAAUAUUCUUGGUGGCUUUGAUCACUUUGCUGCUCUACGGCUUCGUCGCAGCACCCUUUUGCAAACUUGGCAGUGGAUGCUGGGACACGCUGGAUCACAGUCCAUGGACUGUGAUCUUCAUCCCUCUAUGGGUCCUACAAGGGUUGCAUUUGCUCUUUUGGACCUGGGCCGUGGGUGGCUUUCGCCAACUGCGGCACUGGCGGCGGCAUGUCAUGCGUGGGAUGCGUGGGAUACGAAAUAGAUCCAAGUCAGGCCUCGAAAGCGUGGUCAAGACCUUGAGCCGCAGGGACGAAACCGAAGACUUGGCCUCUCUCCAGGAACAUGCUCAAGUCCUCGAUCGGGUCGGGCUGAAGACCAUUGCGAGCAUGCUGGUCAUCAGCGUUUUGCUGGCUUUGAGACUGGAUGUCGCUGAGGCCUUUCCAUGGCCACCGCUUUUCAGCUGUUUGAUCAUGAGCUGCUGGUUUCUCCUGGAGCUCAACUGGCUCUUCUCCUCCAGCAUUUUCGAGUACCAUUCCGCUUGUGGCUACGCGCUGCUGCUGGCACUGCUGCGUUGGCUGUCGCUACUACUGCCCUUGUUGCGGAUAGAAGGGAUUCGCCCCACAGGAUUCGACAUCACCUUUACGGUCCUACCGGCCUUUGGUAUCUUCCUGAUCUCACUCAUGUCCUGCAUCGAUGGCUUCAUCAAGGAGGGCUGCUGGAGUGUCCUCGCCUGUGCCAUCGCCCUCGCGGAAAAUUGGGACCUCCGGCGCUACCUGGCUCGAGCCAUGCUGGCGCUGCUCUACGUGGCGACUGCCUUGGGAGUCGUCUAUACCGGUGAGAUCAACCCUGAAUCUUCUCCCUUUUUGGCAACUUUGCCAUUGCUCUCCUUCGCUGCAAUGCCUACCACAGCGUUGUGUGUCUUGCGAAGCCAAGUGAUCUUGCGUCGGCCAAAGAAGCAGAUGAAGCUGCUUGAACGGCUGGCAGGGGUCUAGGAGAUUGUGUUUC